AAAUCGAGAAGGUAAAUAGGAAAAAAAAAAGGUAUUCUAAGAAGCCACCAAACAUCGCGAUAGUCCCUAAUUUUUGAUUCUUGCCAUUAUCACUGUUUGUUUGGCUAUUAAUUUUGAUGUUCAGACUUCAUCUCAUCAACCGCCGCCAAAGUGAUCGACCCUUUUCCCUCCGCCAUUACUUCGGCCAGCGCCGCCUCUUUUCACGCCGUCGCUAAAUAUAUCUUACAGUUUAAAGGGAAGACGGGAACAAUGGAUCAGAAUUUGCCUGAUAAUGCGGAGGUGGGGUGGUAUAUUUUGGAUGCUAACCAGCAGCAAAUUGGGCCAUAUACAAUCGCAGAAUUGAGAGUUCUGUGUGUUACCAAAGAGCACAGUUAAGUGAUCUGUAUCAUGUUGAACCAACUACUUAGCUUGUUUGCUUCGCCUGAGCAGAGCAUUUUCUAAACGGAUACCUGACAGAGAGUACCUUUGUAUGGGCUCAAGGAAGAUCUGAGUGGCUGCCACUUUCGUCAGUUCCUGAGUUAAUGACUGGAGUCCACUAUAAUGCAACCGAACUUUCAGCUUCAGUACCUGCCAGCAAUGAUGAUGAGUUCGAAAAAUGGCAAAAGGAAGUAAUAGAAGCAGAGGUCGAAGCUGAGAAGCUCAAACAUGUUUCUGCUUCUGGUGAAUUUGAUGGAGUUGAUCAAGAGAGACCCUCAACUCCACCUGAAGGAGAGGAAGAAUUUACUGAUGAUGAUGGAACUGUUUACAAGUGGGAUCGCAAUAUUAGAGCAUGGGUGCCUCAGGAGGAUCAAGCAAAUGAAAAGGAUGGAUAUGGAUUGGAGGAGAUGACAUUCAUCGAAGAAGAGGAGGUUUUCCCUACGUUAAGUGUGGAUGACACUCUUGAAAAUAAGCAAGAGAAUAGCAUUAUUGAACAACUAGAAGAGAAGGAUACAAAACCAAGUGCUAAGAGAAAAGAGCCAGAAGCAAAAACUGAGAAAAAGGAAGCGAAUAAACCACCGGAAAGUUGGUUUGAGUUAAAACAUAACACACACGUCUAUGUGACUGGAUUACCAGAUGAUAUUACGGUUGAAGAAGUUGUGGAGGUUUUCUCCAAGUGUGGCAUAAUAAAGGAGGAUCCUGAGAGUAAAAGGCCCCGUGUGAAAUUAUAUUUUGACAAGGAGACAGGUAGAAAGAAGGGGGAUGCACUAGUCACUUACUUGAAGGAACCAUCUGUAGAAUUGGCAAUGCAAAUAUUAGACGGGACACCAUUCCGGCCUGGAGGGAAGAUACCUAUGUCUGUAACACAAGCAAAGUUUCAGCAGAAAGGGGAGAAGUUUAUUCCCAAACAAGCAGAUAAAAGGAAGAAACAAAAACUAAAGAAGGUUGAAGACAAGAUGCUCGGCUGGGGUGGUCGUGAUGAUUCUAAACUUAUGAUCCCAGCUACAGUUGUCCUCAGUAACAUGUUUGCACCAGCAGAAAUGAGAGAAGAUCCAACUUUGCGUGAUGAAUUGGAGGCAGAUGUUCGCGAGGAAUGUGUAAAGCUUGGUCCAGUGGAUUCUGUCAAGGUCUGUGAGAACAACCCACAUGGUGUUGUGCUGGUAAGGUACAAGGACAGAACAGAUGCUAGAAAAUGUAUAGGGAAGAUGGAUGGGAGAUGGUUUGGUGGGAGGCAAAUACAUGCUGUCGAGGAUGAUGGUUCUGUCAAUCAUGCUCAGCUCCGGGACUUCAGUGCUGAGGAAGAACGAUUAGAGAAGUUUGCUGCUGAACUUGAAGCUGAAUGACCCAGUUUCGCUGAUGCUAAUUUGGAGGAGCUGAAUCGGAGUUAUGAAAUAGAGGCCACCGUUUUUUACGAGUUAUGUCCCUAUUCCAUCUCCUUUGCUAGUUAAGAAAGUGAGAUUGUAGCCACUGAAAAUGAUCUGUAGUAUUUUGUUAAUGAGGCAGAGUUAGAGAUGUACAUACGGGUUGAAACUGAAUUUCUUUGUACUCCGUUCUAUAAAACUAUUUUUUGGUACUCGUUAUAUAAACAUGUAAUUUUUGUCAUUUCUGUUUCUACAAGGAUAAAGUUGUGCAAAUUUAAGCGAUUUAACUCU